AUGUCAGCACAAGACAAUUUGUCCAAAGAAGCUACUCUAACACAGUUAUUUAACGAUGAAGAACGAACAAUAAAUCAAGGCGAAUACGCCAAAGCUCUUUUCUGUCUUUCAAAUUUUAUUUCUAAAUUGUUAACAGUUGAAUCUAUGGCUUCCUUUUUGAGCAAAUUUUCUGAAGGAGCAGAACUUCUUCAUAAAUACCGAACUGAUAAUGGAUUGAGACAUUUGGAAGCACAAGUGGCAUACAAACUUGAAGAUUAUAAUGCUUCUCUAAAAAUAUAUUACAAUCUUCUUCAGGAAACAGAUGCAAAAGAAGAUACGUACAAUGACAUUAAUGUUGCUAAAGCUGCAUUACAGUUUUCUGGAAAUAAACCAAAUAACAAGUAUACAAUGGCUGAUUCUGUCAAUACUUAUAAAUUGGCUUAUAAUUAUGCUUGUUUAUAUCUCGGGAGAAAAGAUUUUAAAAAAAGUAGAAAAAUUAUUGAUCAACGCAAGAAGUAUAAUAUAUGUCGGAAACCUUUAACUGAUAAUGAUUAUAGUGAAGAAGUAAUUAAAAAAGAAUUAGGUACAAUUUAUACACAAUUAGCAUAUUUGUAUCAACUUCAAGGCCGGAUAACUGAAGUAAUUGACCUUUAUCAAAGCAUACUCAAAUUUAAGCAAGUCAAAGGAACAGAUAUAACAGUUUCUGCUAUUGCGUCUAAUAAUUUUGUCACGGCUAAAAAGGAUACUGAACUGUUUGAUUCUGCUCAUAAAUUGAAAGUAGCAAGCACAAAUACGUUAGAUUAUAAAUUGUUUAGAAGUCAGCGUCGCAUAAUCGCGAUGAAUGAAGCAUUAUUAUCAUUGUAUAUACAUAAGUAUAAAGCAUGCCAAGAUGUUACUCAUAGACUUUUACAAACUUAUCCUGAAAAUGAUGAUCUUUAUCUCAUUUUAGCAUCAAUAUCUUAUCAAACUUUUGAAAAGUUUUUAUCUUUAAUAAAAGAUGAUGAUGAAAAAUAUAAGCCUGGAUAUGUGGGAUUAUUAGUAUGGCUUUAUGAACAAUUCAAUAAACCUGAAAAGUCAGUUCAAGCUUUAGACCAAGCGGGUAAAUUUUGGAAAAGUGGUAAGAAAUCUUAUUUAAUGAGUAAUCAUAAAGAUAUUCGAUCUGACGAAAGCAGAUCAAUUCUAAAACAAACAGCCGCAUUUAAACUCAAGACCUCUAGAUAUCACGAAGCAGCUCAGGAUUAUGAACAAUUUGUAAAAGAUGAUUCAUUGGACAUUCAAGCAUUAACUGGACUUGUAGCGGAAAUUGAUGUAGAAUCUCUUGAAAAAUUUGUACCUGGCGUGAAAAAAAGUUACAUCAAAAAAGCUGAUGCUAAAGCAAUGUAA